UGGGUGUUCCACCCCUUGACGGACAGAGGUUAUACGCCCACAGCAACAACAGCAGACUAACAACGUGCGGUAUAGGCUAGAAGUGUCACUCAGACACGUUCCUCUUGCCUCUGGACACCGGAGAAAUGCACUAUCUAGCCGCAGCACAGUGGAAAUAUGUUUUUUUGGAGGAGCGCACCAGUGCGCACUGCUUGGAGUAGCCUAAUCAGCCACACGUGUAUAACACACACGUUUCGUGGGAAAACACAUCUGUCUGUAGUGGCUGUACUACUGGAAUUUACAUAAAGUCCUAGAAAAUGACAACGGCAACAGAAAUGGGGUCCACGAAAAUAACACCCGAGGUUCUGCAAGAGAUGCUACAACAUUACAAUUUAACGCGACAAGAGUUCAUCGAGUCUUACAACAUACAGCCGCUUGUCUACGUCCCUGAGUUGCCGUUGGGCGCUAAGACUACUUUCGUCAUUAUGUAUGCUAUCAUAUUCGUCCUGGCUUUGGUUGGGAACAGUUUGGUUGUCUACAUAGUGGUGCGUAAAAGAGCAAUACAGACCUCCACUAAUAUCUUCAUCUGUUCUCUGGCGGUGAGCGAUCUUCUUAUCACAUUCUUCUGUAUCCCGUUCACCUUGUUGCAGAACAUCUCCUCGGAAUGGCUCGGAGGUGUUCUCAUCUGCAAGACGAUUCCUUUUGUUCAGACUAUGGCCAUAGUGACGGGGAUUCUCACAAUGACCUGCAUCGCCGUGGAGAGGUACCAGGGAAUUGUCUACCCCUUGAAAAUGAGGAGGCAGUACACUCCGAAAAGAGCAUACAAGAUGCUAGGACUUGUAUGGAGUGCAUCAGUGGUUGUGGGAUCCCCAAUGCUGUUCGUACAGCAACUAGAGGUGAAGUAUGACUUCCUGUACGACCACCACCACGUGUGUUGUCAGGAGCGUUGGCGUUCCCUGAUCCACAGACAAGUGUACACCACCUUCAUCAUGGUCGCUCUGUUCCUGAUGCCCAUGGUAGCCAUGUUGUUUCUCUACACACGGAUAGGGAUAGAGCUGUGGAUCAGGAAGAGGGUGGGGGACUCCUCUGUCCUGAACACCAUGAACCACAGAGAGGUCAACAAAAUAUCCAGGAAGAAGAAGCGAGCUGUAAAAAUGAUGAUUACCAUCGUUCUGCUGUUCACGAUCUGUUGGGCUCCGUUUCAUACCGUUCACAUGCUGUUUGAGUACAACAACCUAGAGGAGAACUCUGACGAGGGGACGGUGAACAUGAUCAUCGCCAUCGUCCAGGCCAUCGGCUUCUCCAACUCCUUCAACAACCCGAUCAUCUACGCCUUCAUGAACGAGAACUUCAAGAAGAGCUGUGUGGCUACCUUGUCCCGCUGCCUCAGGAAGCCCUCCAACCACCGGGGCGGCGCUGUGGAGACGCCCAACAACCCCACUGUACUCUUUAUUAGACCACUGAAGAGGGAGGCCUUCUCAGAGACUGGAGGUGGGGCUAAUGGAGGUUUGGCGCAGGGUGUGCUGGAGAACGGUCCGUCUGUCUCCUCUCAGACCUCCUCAGCCUUAGCAGGGGAGAAGAUGACGGAGAACACUCAGCUACCCAGUGAACAGUGUAGAUCUGUUGAAAUAGUCUCGUUACAGACUUAAAAAAAGAAGCACUCCAGUCUCCUUUUCACCUCAUUUAUCCAAGUGUACAUUAUGGGAUAAAUUAGUACAGGUUCAGAAGCGUACCUUUUGGAAAAGGUAGAAAUGAUCCUAUUUAGGUUACCACCACAGUGACAACGCAGUCUGUUCCUUUAAGUGGCAAAAAUGUACCACUAAAACGUUUUUUUGGGGUGUUGUUUUAAAAACUGUAUGGUGCAAAGCCUUAUUUGCAUUUUUCCCAGGCUGCAAAAAUGUACCACUAAAACAUUUUUUUGGGGUGUUGUUUUAAAAACUGUAUGGUGCAAAGCCUUAUUUGCAUUUUUCCCAGGCUGCCUUUCAAGUGAAUUUUAGAGUUACCAGUACCAUCAAUCACUGUUUGCUUGUGACACAGACAACAAAGUGAUAUGGAAUUCUCAUUGGAAUGCAGCCAGAGUUAGAAUACCCCCAAAUUUUAACUUUUAAAUCACCCUCAACCGGCAUUUAAAAUGACUGCCAAAGUAGGAAAGAUUGAUAAAUGAGAGUCCCUAAACCAUCUAAACAGGAACAACCAUCUCAGUAACGGGUGAAAUAAGUCCUACUACUAACAGAUUGGAUGAGUUAAAAAAAAAAGUAUGUUAUUUAUCUCUGUGUAGCAUAAGAUCAAUCAAACAUAUUGAAACAAACAAUUCUAAAAAUCAACCUGCGAAAGUGCAUGCUGGGAAAUAUGAAAAUGGGAUUGGUUUUUGAGAGCAUAUUGGGUACAAAAAUGUACCAUUAUACUAGAUUAUCUGCAAAUGUACCCUAAAAAGGUACUCAACAGUACCAUGUGAGAUUAUGUGUUUCUCUUAAGGUACAUUGUGUAUUUUAAUAUUUUUGUACACCAGGAAACAACGCUGUACCCUAUUCAUACCUUUUUUUUCUGAGUGUGCAUUCGGAAAGUAUUCAGACCUCUUGACUUUUUCC